AUGGAGGACGCGCGAAAGAGAGACGGUUCGGCCACGGACGAUUUAAGCGGCGAGGACAUUCUGGCUUGGCUCUCGACGGAGGAAGACACGGUGUCGCAGCUCAUGGAGCUCUUGGACGGCGAAGACGACGAAGACGCGGCGGAGAAGAGCUCGGUGAGGUUCGUAGAGGACCCAUACUCGUCGCCGCUGGUCUUCCAGUCGUCGUACGUAACCAUCAACGGAAACGAAGAGAGCUGUGGGUCGUCGUUCUCGGACUCGGACUCCUCGGUCAUGGUUGGCAUUGGGAGGUUGGUAGGGCGCGGCGUCGCGUGGGGUUCAAGCGAAGGGGCGGCUGGCGGGUGGGUGGAGGCUGCGGAGAUCAAGGAUUCGGUGGACGGCUGUGAUGUGUUUGAUUGGCAUGAAUCGGAUGGUGAAGUGCUCGCCACGUUUCUGGGUGAAGAUUUUGAGCAGUAA